AUGGCGGCGGGUCCAGUGGUAUUGGUAACCGGCGCUUCCGGAUACCUAGGCGCCCACUGCGUCAAGCUACUUCUGGAGCGAGGUUACCAUGUACGGGGUACCGUUCGGAGCCUGAAAAAUGAGACGAAAAUCCGGGCGCUUCGACACAUCGAGGAAAACGUGCUGGGCUCUCAGCUCGAUCUCGUCGAAGCCGAUCUUCGGCAUCCGGAAGAUUGGCCGAGUGCGGUGCGGGGGUGCUCUUAUGUGCUCCAUGUGGCUUCCCCGUUUCCGCUUGGUGGCAAUGAGGAGACGAUUCAUACAGCGUUGGAAGGGACUCGGAAUGUACUUGAGGCCUGUUCACGCGAGCUUUCGGUCAGAAAGGUGGUCCUAACGAGCAGCAUAUUGGCGGCACUGGGAAAGGCCAGUCCAGUUCCUCGCACGGCUGAUGAGGGCUUUUGGGGAGACCCAAACGAGUCGGCAGUCGCCUACAUCGCCAGCAAGAUUGUGGCCGAGCGCUUUGCAUGGGAAUUCCAGGGCCGAAGAGACUUGCGGAAUCGAUUUGCACUCACUACAAUCUGCCCCGCAUUGAUCGUUGGCCCGCCGUUGACUGAUAUAAAAUGCUCGAGUGUUGAGUUAAUUUGCGACCUUUUCCAACUGCCCGUUGUCCCGAAAAUCGGCCUACAAUGCGUGGACGUCCGUGAUUGCGCUUUGGCCCACGUUCGAGCGAUGGAACGUCGCCAAACGGACGGCUAUCGUUUCUUCCUUAGCGAGCAGAAACCUACGGCAAUCAAGGCGAUGGCCCAAGCGCUGAACGAUGAAUUUAGGCCCUACGGUUAUCGAAUCUCCACAAAAUUGCUACCGAACAGCGUCCUCAGCACGGCCGCGCGGUUUGUCGUGAAAUUCCGAAUGUUUCACGUGUUCCUGAAUUGGAAUUGGACGGUGGAUAAUCGAAGGUGCCGUCAAAUAUUGGGCAUAAAUCCAAGGGAUUGCCUGGUAUCGAUCGUGGAAAUGGCGCACGAAAUAAUUCGACGAGGCCUGAUCCCAAAAACACGGAAAUAUAUCGAAAUGAGGGAUUCACAGCCGAAAAAGAGCUUUGUA